CCUUCGCUCCUUCUCGCCUUGACACCUUAGGAAAUCAGAAUCAAGCUUCCCUCUCUCAAAGAAAGAAAAGAGGUGACAAAUCCUAACUCCAUUGCCGUUGCCGUCCCGCCGUUCGCCAGCUUCUUUGCGUGGUCCAGCUUCGUCGUCUGUCGUGUGUUCGUCGCUGGCGGUCUUGUUCCCUCUUCCUCAUAUUCUGCUAGUUUUCCGCGUUGUAAACAUAAGGAGAGGGACUGCCACUAGCUUCUCUGCAUCACAUUCUUGCUCCCUCUCUCCUUCAUACUCUGCUCGUCGAAGACCACCGAAGGUUUUGUUUCUAAAGCCACCAAAAAUGGAGCUGUUCCAAUGAAUAUAUAACAAGAUUGAGACAGAGAUCUAGAAGCUUCUGAUAAAGGCAGUUUUGUGAUUGGGAGACAUGUUUAUAAAUAUCAGCAACUUGACAAUGAAGAUGAACCUUGAGAAGCUAUAGAACUCAGUAGCCAUUUUACAUGCACAGGAGGGAUCUCUUAGUGAAGCUAUUGGGAACUUGCUGUAGUAAGAUAUCAAUUGCACAGUUGCACUCCCAGUGUUUGAAAUUGGGCUUUGCCCAUGAUAGUUUUAUUGCUACCAAUCUUAAUGUUCUUUAUGCUAAAUAUGCAUCAGUUAGACAAGCAUAUCAGCUAUUCGAAGAAUCACCUUGUAGGACUGUCCAUCUGUGGAAUUCUAUGCUUAGGAGCUAUUGUUUGGAAGGAAAAUGGGUAGAGACACUGUGCCUGUUUCAUCAGAUGAAUGCAUGUGCUUUAUCAGCUGAGGAAAGACCUGACAAUUUCACAGUAUCAAUUUCUUUGAAAUCAUGUGUUGGUUUGCAGAGGCUGGAACUGGGCGAAAUGAUUCACGGGUUUCUCAAGAAAAAGGCAAUGAAUAAGGAUGUGUUUGUGGGGUCUGCCUUGAUUGAGUUGUAUUCGAAAUGUGGACGAAUGAAUGAUGCUGAAAAAGUGUUUAUGGAGUAUCCAAAUCCAGAUGUGGUUUUAUGGACUUCAAUGGUUACAGGUUACGAGCGAAGCGGUGAUCCUGAACUUGCACUUGCAUUUUUCUCACAAAUGGUUGCGUCAGAGAAUGUGAGUCCUGAUCCAGUGACACUUGUUAGCGCUGUUUGCGCUUGUGCUCAGUUAUCAGAUUUUAAGCUUGGAAGAAGUAUACAUGGAUAUGUAAAAAGAAGGGGCUAUGACACUAAGUUAUGUUUGACUAAUGCACUGCUGAAUUUAUAUGGAAAAACUGGUUCUAUCAAGAGUGCAUAUAAUUUGUUCAGAAAAAUGCCUGAUAAGGAUAUCAUAUCUUGGACCUCAAUGGUUGCUUGUUAUACUGAUAAUGGAGCUGAAACCAAGUCAUUAGAUCUUUUCAAUCAAAUGAUUGAUAAUAGAGUUGAACCCAACCGGGUUACUAUUGUUAGUGUACUGCGAUCAUGCACUAACAUGUCUAAUUUAGAAGAGGGUAUGAAGAUUCACAAAUUAGCAAUUGACAAUGGUCUUGAAUUGGAUAUUGCAGUCUCUACAGCUCUUAUGGACAUGUACAUGAAAUGCUUUAAACCUGAAAGUGCAAUUAGCCUCUUCAACAGAAUGCCGAAGAAGGAUGUAGUUUCUUGGGCUGUUUUGUUUAGCGGGUAUGCUGAAAUUGGAAUGGCUCACAAGUCAAUGAGCAUUUUCCGCAACAUGUUAUCUAGUGGAACCCGACCUGAUGCAAUUGCCCUCGUGAAGAUUCUUGCUGCCAGCUCGGAUUUGGGGAUUCUUCAACAAGCCGUUUGUCUUCAUGGUUUCCUAACUAAAUGUGGAUUUGACGAUAAUAUUUUUGUCGGCGCAUCUCUCAUAGAGAUGUAUGCAAAAUGUAGUAGCAUAGAUAACACUUACAAAGUUUUCAAACAAAUGACACACAAAGAUGUUGUUGUGUGGAGCUCAAUCAUUGCAGCUUAUGGAUUCCAUGGGCAAGGAGAAGCAGCAUUGAAGUUAUUCAGCGAGAUGCUUGAUAGUUCAAAUGCUAAGCCUAAUUACAUAACCUUCCUUUCAAUUCUGUUUGCUUGUAGUCAUGCAGGUUUGAUUAAAGAAGGGAUAAAGAUAUUCGAUACAAUGGUAAAUGAGUACCAAUUGAAGCCGAAUUCAGAGCACUAUGCCAUAAUGGUUGAUCUUCUUGGCCGGGUUGGAGAACUAGAUAAGGGCUUGGAAAUAAUCAAUCGCAUGCCAAUGCAAGCUGGUGCUAAUGUGUGGGGAGCCUUGCUUGGUGCAUGUAGGAUUCAUCAAAACAUAAAUAUGGGAGAACUUGCAGCUCAGAAUCUUUUCUCCGUAAACCCUAAUCAUGCAGGGUAUUAUGUACUCUUAUCAAAUAUUUAUUGUGGGGACAAGGAUUGGCAUAAUGCUGAAAAUAUUAGGAAAUUGGUAAAGGAGAAUAGGUUGAAGAAGAUUGUAGGUCGAAGUAUGGUUGAGUUAAGGAAUGAGGUUCAUAAUUUUGUUGCUUGUGAUAGAUUACAUCAUGAAUCUGAUCAAAUUUAUGACAUGCUAAGAAAACUUGAUGCAAGAAUGAGGGAAGAAGGUUAUGCUCCUCAAGUAUAGAUUGAGGGCAUCUUGUGAGUUUUUAACUUAUAAUCAUGAAAAUCACUACCAUUUCUUGAA